AAGGAGGGAGGGGAGGCUGGAGAGAGCAGUGCCCGCAUGUGUGCCUCUCAUUCCUGGUGUAAUUUGCAGCCAAUCAUCAGUAGGUGUCCACAACCCUGCAUCCUCCUCACCUCAGCGCCAAUAACUCUCCACCUCUAAUGCUUCCCCCCUCCUCCUUCUCUCUCUUUCUCUCUCUCUCCCUCUCUCCACCAUCCCCCCUCUUGUUUCCUACCCCCCCUCUUUCUUUCUCCUCUCACAGCCCCCCAUGCCUCUCAGCCACACGCAGAGAAAGAGAGAGAGACUGACUGACUCCCAGGCUGCCUCCCUCCCUCCCUCACACACACACAUCGACUGGAAACUGACUGGAGAGGCAGCUAUAGACACUCAUACACAUCCACACUAACACAGAGGGGAGAACAGGGACCACCGAGAGAUCAGCUGCACAAUACACUCAUCCCCCUCCCUAGUUUUUAUUCUUUCUACCUCAGCUUGCAGCACCGCUCACCGAUUUGUCACCUUAUAUCCUUAUCUUGGACAUUUUUUUCAUUUGUUCUUUUUUUUUCUUUUAGGAUAUACCUGUAUUUUUUUUUUUAAGUAUUAAAUUGGGUCACCUGGAACUGGUACAGGGGCACUUGGACUUGGCCUUAUUUCUUUUGCCUCAGGGUGAUGUGUGGGUAAUUAUAUGCAUUGGCAAGCUAGCAGCAUCUGCGUUAUAUCCUACACAUAGGGUUGGCGUUUGUGACAAUGCACAAGAAGAUGCUCCGUGACAAAGUGGUGUCUGCUGAAAAAACACCUAGAAAGAAAUAAAAGGAACGUCUCCUUCAAAAACAAAACACACCAGACCAAAUCAUUUUUCAUUGUAGAAGGGUUUGCCCAGGGAAUAAAGGUGACUGAGUUAAGCAGCUUCGGUGGUUUCCCCCCCCUCUCUCCCCCUACCCCCUUCCAAUUACCCUCCUCUGAAAUGUCCAAUAUGAACACUAAUGUCUGUGUGGAGAAUGGACAGAACCCCGAGGCUGCUGUGCUCCCCAAGGAUAAUUUGGUGGAGGGGGCUCUCAACAGCCUCAUGGAUUACAAUUCAGAAAUGGAGAGGUAUAGGUCCUUUGCCACCUUUUACAAAACCAAUGGUGCUUUCCCCCAGGCUGCUAAGAUUGCCAGGAUCACAACCCCCAUUUUUCCCAGUGCACGGAUUGGCAUGUCUCCUUGGAACUGUGAUAAUGCAAUGCUCUGGGGGAGGAAAUCAGCCGCUAUCAACCCUAAUAGGACCAGCAUGCACAGAAAUGACUCCCAGAGGCUGGGAAAGCCUGGCGGGGCGCCAGAGUCUUUGCAAAUGGCAAAUAAUAAUUUCCUUUCCACCUUAUCCCCUGAACACUGCAGACCUUUGGCAGGGGAAUGCAUGAACAAGCUCAAAUGCGGUGCUGCUGAAGCAGAGAUAAUGAAUCUCCCUGAACGUGUUGGAACUUUUUCCGCUAUUCCAGCUCUAGGGGGCAUCUCAUUACCUCCAGGGGUCAUCGUCAUGACAGCCCUUCACUCCCCCGCAGCAGCCUCGGCAGCCGUCACAGACAGUGCGUUUCAAAUUGCCAAUCUGGCAGACUGCCCGCAGAAUAAUUCCUCGGGAGCCGGCGGGAAUCCUGCCAAGAAGAAGAGGAAAAGGUGUGGGGUCUGUGUCCCCUGCAAGCGGCUCAUCAACUGUGGAGUCUGCAGCAGUUGCAGGAACCGUAAAACAGGACACCAGAUCUGCAAAUUUAGGAAAUGUGAAGAGCUUAAGAAAAAACCUGGCACUUCACUAGAGAGAACACCGGUCCCCAGCGCCGAAGCAUUCCGAUGGUUCUUUUAAAACUUGAAAAAAUAUGUUAUUUUAAAGGCGAAUGACAAAAACUGGUCAUAUUUUGGGAACUGCAAAUGUCCGCAACUGAAGAAUUUACGGAAAGACUAUUUUCAUUUAUGUACAGAGGGUUCUUCAAACAUACGAAAAUAAAAUAAUCACCUGAGCCUUGGGAUCAGCUGGUUCACCCUACAUUUAAUACACAGGUUCAUACUUUGAUGUAAUUUAGCUAUAAUUAACAGUGAAAUUGUUGUCUACUUUAAAAUGACUGAUAGGAAAUCAUUUGGGUGAACCCCCUGCUGUAAAAUGAUGUAACUUUGAAAAAAAAAAUAUCUAUUCUUCAUUUCCAAAUAUGUGUUUCAGUACUGUAAACUGUACAGAUAGCUGCUUGUAUUUUGUGCAUUUAGACACAAGGAGACAAUCAUGUCUGAGCAUCUAUAUGAAGAUUAACAGUUUGUACUCAGCAGUGUGGUUCUGCAACCUAAAUCUGGAGCAAUAAAUUCUAGCUUUAAAUGUUAUUUUGCCAGCUGGUUAGUCACAGCAGCAGCAACAGCACUGUAUUAUAUCAUGCAUCCCCAGAGAUCCGAUUUGUAAUUCCCCAAGGUUAAAAGAUGAUGACCCGUCUAUCAAUAAUUGUCAAGCGUAGGGAAAACGAGGAGGGCAAAAUUUAUUUCAUUGCAUCUGUUAAAAAUGGCCGAGCUACCUUAUUAUCCAGGACACCUUUUACAUUUUUAUAGGCACAAUUCAAGCAAAAGGAUGCGCCAUUGCAGUUGGUGGGCACUUGUGUCAUUAUGUUCAAAGGAUAUCCCUUGUGAUAAAGCACUUACGACAACUGACCCAAUUUCUCUGUAGGGCAGUGUCAGGCAGCAUACAGCAUUGUAGUUCAGCCCAGUAGGACCAAUCUUUUGAAUUAUUUGUUCAGGGAAACAGAAGUGUACUGUGACCAUGUAACUGAGUACAUGCCUUCUGAUUAGGUUUUUCUAUAGUAACUGUAAACACUGUAAAAUAUAAAUGCAUUCUCACUGGAAUGACCAAAGUAAAAUACACACAAGCACACACACAUAUAUUGCAGCAGAGGAGCAAUUCCAGACAUCUUAGGUGUUCCCCAAAAGUAGAGGAGAAUACAUUUGGGCUGCAAAAUGUUAUUUCAAGGGUCUAAUUUAAUAGUUGUGAAGGCUUCUACUAAAUUUAAGGGGCAUAUUUGUAAAGGUGUGUAACAAACAGCAUUGGAUUCCAGUGAACAUCAGCACUUUCAUGCCAAGGAGCGAUGAAUACAAUAUUGACAAAGCUGUAUAAUGAUUUUAUGAAAAUGCGUAGCCAGGUAUUAUGGCAUAAAAUUGCCAUGUUAAAUUCUUUGUUGAGUUCAUUGAGAAUUUUGCACCACUUUUCCCUCCACUAAGUAUUUACAGCCUGGAUUUGCCCAUUUGGCUGCAGGGUAUUAUGCCAGGUCUAGAGUGGUGUAAAAUAAUGUCCUUUUAGCCAUUAGUCUGGCAUUAAAAAUUUGGUUACAAUGGUUAAUGUUACAGCAUUGUUUUUAACAUUUUAAAUAUUUUACACACCAUUAAAUAGCUGAAUAGCUUUUUAGUAGGUUCUACUUAGUAUACAGUCACUUGGAAUGAUUAGUCACAGAUUAUCCUGACGCUUAGAUAACCGAAAAAAAGUAUCUCUUUAUGAAAAAAAUACUGAAUGCGCAUUGCAUAUAAUUAAAAUUUGCUUUUUUCAUUGCUGUUGAAGGUAAUUGUUAUUAGUGUGGAUGGAUGCACCAAACAAAUAAUUUUUGGAUUCAGCUCAGUUCCACAAGAGAUCCAUAGUUAGAUCAGGUUGAAAAAAAGACCAUCAAGUUCAACCACUCCAAUGAUUUCCAGUGCACAUAUACAGUAUACA